AUGAUGAUGAGGUGUUAUACUUUUUCGUUGUUGCUGCUGAUUCUUCUUGUUGAUACUCCAUCUUCCACUUGUUCAUCGGUGUUGCCACUAUGCAACCACCAUGACAACUCAAACCUGCUCCAAUUCAAGAACUCAUUUGCCAUCAAACCUUCAUGGUACAAUGAUUAUUGGGCGUGCUCCUCUUCUUAUUCCAACAAGACAGCGUCGUGGAACAAUGGUAUGGAUUGUUGCGAGUGGGAUGGUGUCACGUGUGACACCACAUCAGGGCACGUGAUUGGGCUUGACCUGAGUUGCAGCAUGCUUGAAGGCGAGUUUCAUCCCAACAGCACACUCUUCCAUCUGACGCAUCAACAACUCAACCUUGCCUUCAAUUACUUCUCCGACUCUCCAAUAUAUCCAGGAAUUGGUAAUCUUGUGAGUCUCACCCAUCUCAAUCUAUCACACUCAUCAUUUGGAAGACAUAUUCCGUUCACAAUCUCACACUUGUCUAAAUUACUCUCACUUCAUCUCUCGGGGAAUGAACUGAGACUUGAUGAAUCCACAUGGAGCAGACUCAUUGAUAACACCACUAAAAUGGAAGAGCUGGUUCUAAAUGACAUAGACAUGUCUUCUAUCAGAGAAACUUCAUUGUCUUUGCUGAUGAAUUUGUCAUCCUCUUUGUUGAUCAUGAGUCUUGAUGACACUAGAUUGCAUGGAAAAUUUCCAACUCAUAUACUUGGUUUUCCUAAUCUUGAAGAACUAAGUUUGUUACUGAAUGAAGAGCUGAAAGGUGAACUUCCAAAGUCCAAUUGGAGCAGUUCUCUAAGGAUCUUGGAUCUCUCUUACACAGCUUUCUCAGGAGAAAUACCUGAUUCCAUAGGCCACCUGAAGUCUCUUAACCAACUAUGGCUACGGAAUUGCCAAUUUGAUGGAUUAAUUCCUGUGUCUUUGUGGAACCUCACUCAACUAACUCAUUUGGACCUUUCAGAAAAUAGACUUCAUGGUGAGAUCCCAUCUUUGCUUUCAAACCUCAAACAUCUCACCGUCUUAAGUCUGUCUUCUAAUAAAUCAAUCGGCCCGAUUCCAAGAAAAAAUGCCGCACUUUCAAAACUAGAAGAACUACAUUUGCGUAGGAACUUUAUAAAUGGGACAAUUCCAAACUGGUGCUAUUCUUUGUCUUCAUUGAAAGAGCUAGAUCUUAGCAUGAAUCAACUCACAGGGCCAAUUAGCAAAUUCUCCACUUAUUCAUUGACUUCUUUAUCUCUCUCUCAUAACAAAUUUCAAGGUGAUUUUCCAAAUUCCAUCUUUGAAUUUCUCAAAUAUCUCACUUAUUUGGAUAUGUCAUCAAAUGAUUUCAGUGGUCUUGUGAACUUUUCUCAUUUUUCAAAGUUGGAAAAUUUAAAUUCCCUCAAUCUUUCUAACAAUAAAUUUCUCUCUAUUGAUCAUAAUAGUAGCGUUGACUAUGUCUUACCCAAACUUAACAGUUUAUAUUUCUCUUCUUGUAGUGUUACUGUUUUUCCUUCAUUCUUAGCUAGACUACAAAAUCUAAUAAAUUUAGAUUUUUCUAACAAUAAAAUCCAUGGAAAGAUUCCCAAUUGGUUUGGUGAUAAUCUCUUGCACACAUGGAAGAUCAUGGACUUUAUUGACCUCAGUUUCAACCAGCUGCAAGGAGAUCUUCCAAUUCCACCACAUGGCACCGAUUACUUUUCAGUUUCAAACAACAACUUCACCGGUGGCAUUUCUUCAACAAUAUGCAAUGCAAGGUCCCUCAAUGUUCUAAUACUGUCUCACAACAAUUUGACUGGCAAGAUUCCACAAUGUUUGGGAUCCUUUCCUUGGCUCCUGAUUUUGGAUUUGCAAAUCAACAACUUUUAUGGAAGUAUAGCUGGAAACUUCUCCAAGAAUAAUGCUUUUGAGACUAUAAAGUUGAAUGGCAACCAAUUAGAGGGACCAAUACCACAAUCGUUGGCUCAUUGCACAUAUCUGGAAGUUCUAGACCUCAGUGACAAUAACAUAGAAGAUGUAUUUUCCAGUAGUCUAGAAGCUAUUCAGGAAUUACAGGUACUCAGUUUACGAAAUAACAAAUUUCAUGGUACCAUCACUUGUUUGAGUACGAAGCAUCCAUUUCCAAAGUUAAGAAUUUUUGAUGUGUCUAAUAACAAGUUUAGUGGCCCUUUGCCAAUGCAAUACUUUCAAGAGUUUCAAGGAAUGAUGGCUCGGAAAGAUAAUACUCAAACUGAUGGUUUGGAGUAUAUGGGUACCAAUACGACCAGUGUACCAUAUAAUGACUCUGUUGUGAUCAUUAUGAAAGGUCAAAGGAUAGAAAUAUCAAGGAUAUUAACUAUUUUCACAACCAUAGACUUGUCAAAUAACUUGUUUGAAGGAAAAAUCCCACAAAUUCUUGGAGAAUUGAAUUCUCUCAAAGGGCUUAAUCUUUCACACAACAAAAUUAGUGGUAUCAUUCCACAAACUUUGGGUAAUUUGACAAGUUUGGAAUGGUUAGACCUCUCAUGGAACCAAUUGAAAGGUGAGAUUCCUAAGGCUUUGACAAAUUUGAAUUUUCUAUCUGUCUUGAACCUUUCUAAAAAUCAAUUGGAGGGAAUGAUACCAACAGGAGAACAAUUCAAUACAUUCCAAAAUUAUUCCUACAGAGGAAACCCAAUGCUUUGUGGAUUCCCUUUGUCAAAGUCAUGCAGCAAUGAUGAAGAACAACCACCUUCAGUGUUUCCUGAGGCAAAAGAAUCAUUAUUUGGGUGGAAGACAGUAGCAGUGGGAUAUGGAUGUGGAGUGGUAUUUGGAAUGUUCCUUGGAAGGUUGUUUAUAAAGACUACGAAACCCUUGUGGCUUGCCAGACUUAUUUGUGGCUAUACUUAACAAAACAUGCACAGCAGAUCAGAGGCCAUGCAAAUUGUAGGAGACUGUGUUAGCUUCUUGUGUUUUUUCUUUUUUCUUUUUUCUUUUUUUUUUCUGUAAUGACGUGAACUACUCUGUUUUUUUUAAUAAAAUAUGCUAUUUCUAUUAAUAAAUAAA